AUGUGUAUUUUAAACAUUGUAUGCAUUUUGAUGGUAUUUGACAGCUGCUCAAGAAACAUCAACAAACGACCGUCAACAGCAAAAUGUAAACAUUGUACACUUACAUUGUUUUUAAAAAAUUUAGUUUCAGUUUUUGGUGAUUUGUUAUCACAGAAAAUGGUGGAAAAUUCGGUUACUAUCGACUUUGAAUCAGUAUGCCGAUUUUGUCUCACAAACGCUGGUGUUUUCCAAUCAAUUUUCGACCAUGAAAUAGUCGAUAUUGCUGCUAUUGUAAAGACAAUCACCAAUCUAGAAGUUUCUAAAGAUGAUCCAUUCUCCAAGGUGGCUUGUAAUUCGUGCAUCGAUAUUGUUAGGUGCAUAGUGGAUUUCAGAGAUAAAUGCAUUUCUUCCUUCCACGAAUCAGAACAAAAGCUUCUGGCGUUAGAAGAAGCAUCUCUCGCGAAAGAACUGCAAUUGCAUGUGGAGUUUAUUAAAUGUGAUUCCCCAGGAGACAGUGGGUGUAACAGCUACGAACAGGAGGGCGCGAUUACGAAUCUUACCGAUACGGAUAAUGAGGAUGAGGACGCGCCCGCUAAUACAGAAACACAAUCGAUUAGUGAAGAAACAGCGAAAAAUACACUUUCGAAGAGUACUUCAAACAGCGAGGAAGUCGAAAACACUACCACGUGUACGGAAUGCGGAGAAUGUGUUUCCGGCGGAAAACAAAUGCUUACCUAUCACAUGAAAAGCGAUCAUGCCGACGAUGGUGGGCUGCCCAAGAUACGGCAAUGUUUCUUCUGCCCAAAGGCGUAUUCUUCGUACCAGUUGCUAAAAUACCAUCUCAAUUUUCACCCACAAAAGCUGUGGCAAUGUCCGCAGUGUGAUAAGCGCAUCCACAACAAAGCCAGCUUCAUCGAUCACCUUCGGAUACAUGCGAAUGAACGGUAUUACGUUUGCAAGGAAUGUGGAAAACAGUUUACUGCGUUGAAGUACCUUUCCACCCAUAGCCGGGUGCACAAGCGAAAUACGGCGAAUGCAAGCAGCAAAUCGAAGGAUGUUAAGGGAUCUGUGAAGGACACCCCGCUGGAAUCCUUUUCCCAACCUGAACCACUAGCUAGUCCCAUCCAGUCGACUACUUUACUCGAGAAACUAGCUGAACAGGAGCCUGAAACGAAUUUGGCGCAUGUCGACUCCUUACAUUCUCAAGAUCAAAAAGUAAAUCAUCUUCAGAAUGGGACUGAAACAUAUCAAUCAGGGAUGUACGAGUGUGAGGUGUGCGGUAAAAAGCUCAAAACUAAAUCCAACUAUACUAACCACCGUAAAAUGCAUGACCGGAAAGAGACGAAAGCAGAAGAGAAAAUCGUGCCCAUAAGCAGCCAUGAUACGGUACAGCGCCGAGUGUAUCUUUGCAACAUAUGCGGCCACAACUGUGGUUCGUCCAGUAACUUGGGUGUACACUUGCGACGCCACAACGGACAGAGUGUGUGUGAGUGCUCGGUUUGUGGGAAAGGAUUUCCUCGCCGAUCGGAUCUUGUCAUGCAUAUGCGCAAGCAUACGGGCGAAAAACCUUUCAUCUGUCCAACGUGUGGUCGCGGAUUUUCUCGGCUGGAUAAGCUACGCAUUCACACCCGCACACACACCGGUGAGAAACCGUACAAAUGUCCUUGCGGUCGAGCAUACGCUCAGAAAAAUGACCUAAAAACACACCAAAAACGUAACACGUGUGGCCAAAAUUUCGAUAUCGCCAAGCUGCUCACUUCGCAUCGACGGACAAUUUGCAUUAAAUCACCGAAGCAUUCACCGUUUGAUGAUGGUACACAUGAAACGCACAAACAAAAGCAGCAGGACCGUGAUUCAACUUCCAUGCCGGUAGUGUAUUCAACCGGUGCACCAUCAUCUGAGUUGCUGGAAACCACCGAUACGAUGGUGGAUAUAGUGUUCCCGGGAAGCUGGAACAAUUGCAUUACGGCACAUGAUUUUCAGCACCAGGAAGCUGUUGUUACCGAUAGCUAUGAGAAUAGUUCGUACAUUAGUCAAUCGAAGCUUGUAACGUGAUAUUAGUUUUACGCAAAAUCCAUACAUUCUACGAGGUGAUGUUCCGAGGUACCCAUGGAAUACAAACAAAAGACAAAUACGAGCGACA